ACGGCGAGAAGGGGAAGACCGGGACCCAAACACCCCCCUCCCAAACGGAAGACAAGCGAGGGGCGAAGAAGGAGUGGACUUCCCAGAGUCGGUGGAGGGGGAAAAGUUGGUGCCGAACAGCGCUUUGUGUCGGAUCGCAUACCAGGGAUCCUGUUACUAAUUAUUUGUUUCAAACCUACCCGAGACUCGUGUGUGGGGGAUUUUCAAAGCAAGUUUAACACCAGCCUAACACACACACACACACACACAGAAAAAAAGCAGCGCCUGUUGGAGAGCUUUGUACCUCUCUGCCCAAGAACCACUCUCCACCAAACCCAGCGCGGAUCAUGAACCGAAGUCGUGCAGAAAUACAUUUCCUAGGUUUUAGAACAAAAUAGGAGAGAGACACACGACGCCGGGAGCUCAGAGAAGCAAGGAAGCAUUUUUCUUUCUCCCUCGGACAAUAACCCCCCCCCCCCCACCCCCGAGAUUAGUUUCACAGGGGGACUGACUGCUGAGAAUCUCUGCCCCGUCUCUCUACUUUUUUUUUGAAGCCACCGAAGUUUUAUUGCGGCGCCGUCUUCGAAUGGAUAUCUUCUUCUGUCGGAGGAAACCUCUUGACCAUUAACCAUGGGCGGGUAUCACGCCGGCUCCACCGGACUGUAGUCGGUGUGUGAUCUCGCUUAGCGUUGGAUCCCGAUCCUUCCCAGGACGAGGGGAGCUUCUCCCGAAUUGUGCAGCGUUGGAGUUAUAUCAUGACCCCGCAACUAUUCCGAGUCUCUCUCGCCCUCGGAUUAAUAUCUGCCUGCUCAGGAUCCCGUCUCCGUCAGGAGGACUUCCCGCCCCGGAUCGCGGAGCACCCCUCCGACCUGAUCGUCUCCAAGGGGGAGCCGGCCACGCUGAACUGCAAGGCGGAGGGAAGGCCGAGCCCCACCAUCGAGUGGUACAAGGACGGGGAGCGGGUGGAAACGGACAAGGACGAUUCCCGCUCCCACCGCAUGCUGCUGCCCAGCGGCUCCUUGUUCUUCCUGCGCAUCGUCCACGGGCGCAGGAGCAAGCCGGACGAAGGCAGCUACGUCUGCGUGGCCAGGAACUACCUGGGAGAGGCCGUCAGCCACAACGCCUCGCUGGAGGUGGCAAUCCUACGGGAUGAUUUCAGGCAGAACCCUUCCGAUGUCAUGGUCGCUGCCGGUGAGCCUGCUGUCAUGGAGUGCCAACCACCUCGUGGACAUCCGGAGCCCACCAUCUCCUGGAAGAAGGACAGUGUCCGGCUGGAUGACCGGGAUGAAAGGAUCACGAUCCGAGGAGGAAAACUGAUGAUUACCAACACUCGGAAGAGUGAUGCUGGGAAGUACGUCUGUGUGGGAACCAACAUGGUGGGCGAGCGGGAGAGCGACGUGGCAGAGCUGACAGUCCUGGAGCGACCAUCCUUUGUGAAGAAACCAAACAGCCAGGUCCUGCUGGUGGACGAGACGGUGGAGUUCAAGUGUGAGGCUCGAGGGGACCCAACGCCCAACGUGCACUGGAGGAAGGAGGACGGCCAGCUGCCCAAACUCAGGUCUGAGAUCCAGGGGGGUAACACGCUGGUCAUCCAACAUGUGACGGCAGCCGACGUGGGGACUUACAGCUGUGUGGCUGAGAACAUGGUGGGAAAAACGGAGGCCUCGGUCACACUGACAGUUCAUGCCCCGCCGCAGUUCGUGGUGAAGCCCCGGGACCAGAUGGUCGCAGUCGGUCGGACGGUCACCUUCAUGUGCGAGGCGACGGGGAACCCGCAGCCGGCCAUCUUCUGGCAGAGGGAGGGCAGUCAGAAUCUGCUUUUCUCCUACCAGCCUCCGGAACCUUCCAGCAGGUUUUCGGUGUCGCAGGUGGGGGACCUGACCAUCACCAACGUCCAGAGGUCCGAUGUGGGUUACUACAGCUGUCAGGCCCUCAACGUGGCUGGGAGUGUCAUCAUCAAAGCCUUCCUGGAAGUGACUGACGUCAUUUCGGACCGGCCCCCACCUGUCAUUCGCCAGGGCCCCGUCAAUCAGACGGUUGCCGUCGACAGCACGGUCGCCCUCGGUUGCUUGGCCAGUGGCUCCCCCCCACCCACCAUUCUGUGGCGGAAGGACGGGGUCCUGGUCUCCACCCACGACUCGCGCAUCAAGCAACAGGAAACGGGAACACUGCAGAUCCGCUACGCCAAGCUGGGUGACUCAGGCAUCUACACUUGCAUUGCAUCAACACCAAGUGGUGAAGCUUCCUGGAGCGCACGCAUUGAGGUUCAAGAAUUUGGAGUCCCAGUUCCACCUCCUCGACUGCCGGAUCCCAACCUGAUCCCUGGAAUCCCAUCCAAGCCGGAAGUAACAGACGUCAACAAAAAUGGGGUCACGUUGAUAUGGCAACCAAACAUGAAGGUCGGAGCGACCCCAACAUCCUACAUCAUCGAGGCCUUCAGCCACGCCGCGGGCAGCAGUUGGCAAACGGUGGCCGAACGGGUGAAGGCCGAAACACACUCUGUCAAGGGCCUGAGAUCGAACGCUGUCUACCUCUUCCUCAUCCGUGCCGUCAAUGCAUACGGUGUCAGUGACCCCAGUCCUAUCUCCGACCCUGUCAAAACACAAGAUGUUCCUCUCACUGGGCAAGGAGUGGACCACAAACAGGUGCAGCGGGAGCUUGGCGAAGUGGUCGUCCAUCUCCACAAUCCCAUCAUCCUCUCAUCAUCUUCCAUCCAGCUUCACUGGACAGUGGAUCAGCCGUCACAGUACAUCCAGGGAUACAGGAUCCUCUACAGGCCGUCUUCGCCGGAGAAUCGGCCGGAAUCCAACUGGUCCACCUUCGAGGUGAGGUCGGCCACAGACCGCAGCGCCGUGGUGCCGAAGCUUCGCAAAGGGGUGGGCUAUGACGUCAAAGUGAGGCCGUUUUUCAACGAGUUCCAGGGCGCGGACAGCGAUGUGAAGUACGCCAAGACUCUGGAGGAAGCGCCAAGCGCGCCACCCCAGAGGAUCACGGUCACUCUGAAUAAUGGCAAUGGAACUGGCAUCAUGGUUUCCUGGCAACCUCCUCCCGAAGACUCUCUGAAUGGUGACCUCCAGGAGUACAAGGUCUGGUGCCUGGGCAAUGAGAGCCGUUUCCACAUCAACAGGACGGUGAUGGCCCCCGCCCUCUCGGUGACCAUCCCCCACCUCACCCCGGGGGUCCGCUACCGCGUGGAGGUGGCCGCGAGUAACUCGGCCGGAGACGGAGCCCGGAGUGAGCCUCGCUACAUCCAGCUUGAUUCCUCGGGGAGGCUAACCCCGGAGCACUCGGAGGGUCAGGUCAGCCUGGCCCAGCAGAUAUCGGACGUGGUGAAGCAGCCCGCUUUCAUUGCAGGAAUCGGCGCUGCCUGCUGGAUCAUCCUGAUGGUCUUCAGUAUAUGGUUGUACCGGCACCGGAAGAAGCGCACUGGCCUGACCACCAGCUACGCUGGUAUGAGGAAAGUCCCCUCUUUCACCUUCACACCGACAGUGGCCUAUCAGAGAGGGGGAGAGACGGUGAGCAGUGGAGCAAGACCAGGUUUGCUAAACAUUGGAGAUUCGAACCAACCAUGGCUGGCAGAUACAUGGCCCAACACAGGAACGGAACACAAUGAUUGUAGCAUCAACUGCUGCACCUCCACGCAUGCUAACAGCGACAGUAACCUUACAACCUACAGUAGGCCAGCUGACUGCAUUGCCAACUAUAACAACCAGCUGGAGAACAAGCAGACCAACCUGACGCUUCCGGAGACGGCAGUGUACGGAGACAUGGACCUGAGCAACAAGAUCAAUGAGAUGAAGACCUUCAAUAGCCCCAACCUGAAGGAGGGUCGGUGCCUGAACCAGACAGGGCAGCCCACCCCGUACGCCACCACCCAGCUCAUCCAGACCACCCUGGGAAACAACAUGAACAGCAGCGGGAUGGACCUGAAUGACAAGCACUGGAAACAGGCGCUGCAGAGCAAGCAGGAGAUAUCUCCCAUGCAGUACAACAUCAUGGAGCAGAACAAACUCAACAAGGAUUAUCGACUGGUGGAGACAAGCAGCGUUCCCACAAUUCCUUACAACCAGUCGAGUGACCAUGGGACAGGAGGGUCCUACAACAGCUCAGACAGAGGCAGCAACACAUCUGGGAGCCAGGGUCACAAGAAGAACGUGCGGACUCCAAAGUUGCCCAAGCAGGGUGGCAUGAAUUGGGCAGAUCUCUUGCCACCACCUCCAACACACCCGCCUCCCAGCGCAAGUAACCCUGAGGAAUACAGCCUUGCUGCAGAUGACAGUUACGACCGGGACGGGGUGUGUCCGUUGCCGCCGGCCAGGAUGUACCUGCAGCAAGACGAGCUGGAGGAGGAGGAGGAUGAGCGGGGUCCCACACCCCCCAUCCGAGGGGCGGCCUCGUCCCCAGCGGCCGUGUCCUACAGCCACCAGUCCACCGCCACGCUGACUCCCUCACCGCAGGAGGAGCUGGUCCCAAUGCUGCAUGACAGCCGGGAGAACCUGGCCCUUCUCCCCACCGCCAGCGACCGCAGGAGACACCCCAUCAGUCCACCCCCACCACCGAGGCCCAUCUCCCCCCCACACACUUACGGCUACAUCUCGGGGCCGCUGGUCUCUGACAUGGACACCGAUGCCCCAGAGGACGAGGAAGAGGACGAGGAGGAGGAGGAGGAGGAGGAGGUGGAGGUGGAGGUGGCCAAGAUGCACACCCACCGGCUGCUGCUCCAUGGGCUGGAGCAGACUCCUGCCUCGAGCGUGGGCGACCUGGAGAGUUCCGUCACCGGCUCCAUGAUCAACGGCUGGGGCUCGGCCUCCGAGGAGGAUGGCAACAGCUCCAGCGGCCGUUCCAGCGCCGUCAGCUCCUCUGAUGGCUCCUUCUUCACCGACGCCGACUUCGCGCACGCCGUGGCUGCAGCCGCUGAGUACGCAGGCCUGAAGGUCGCUCGGCACCACGCGCAGGAUGGGGCGGCAGGCCAGCGACACCUCCCAGCGUCUCACUGUCCCCGGCCAACAAGCCCCUUCUCCACAGACAGCAAUGCCAGCGCCGCUGUGAUGCAGAAAGCUCGCCCCAUGAGGAAGCAGAAGCAGCAGCCAGGACACAUGCGUCGAGAGAUCUUCACUGACGAGCUGCCUCCACCACCAGUUCCCCCUCCCGCCAUCAAAUCACCCAGCUUCCAGGCCAAGACCCAGCUGGAGACCUGGCAGUCUGUGGUUCCGAGGCCCCACGCAGCAGAGCAGAAGGCAGAGCGAGCCGGAGACAGGAAGGCCGGGCCCCACCGAGGGAGGGAGGGCACAGAGCCCCAGCACCUGGCGGAAGGCCGCGUCAACCCGGGAGAGUGCCGGGAACUCCCCGAGCACUGGCAGAACGAAGUCCAUGGAGCCAAGCAGCGCUUGAACAAGGCCGGCAAGCGGGAGAGCUCCCAGGCCAAGGCACGGCUUCCCCAAGCAGGUGUGGAGGAUGUCCUUCCCUACAGCCGCCCGACGUUUCCAUCGGCGCAGAACCCCAGGGAGCCCAGCUCCUCCAGCUCUGUCUCAUCGAGAGGGUCCGGAGGGCGGCGCAGAGGAGAGCAAGCCGCGCCGGGGAACGUCGCCGGCCCAUCCCGUAGGUUGGCCUCGGAAGCCGGUCUGCUGGAAAUGGGAAUGAACGAGUGUGAAGAGGAAGAGUUCGAGGAAAUGGAAAGCUGAAGAAGGAAGCUAAUGUCAAGUGAUUAACUCCGAUCAAACUUUGGAGAGGUCUAUGCCAGUUUUUGUAAAACUCCUUACCCAUGGAAGAUAUUUGAUGCCAGAUAUAAUGUCUGGUACAAUGAGGGGGAUUGUGUAAAUUAUAAAUGUUUUCAUCAUGUUGAUUGACCACAUCAGUUUAGGUUUUUUUUCAUUUGACUUUUGAAUCUUUUUGAGGGGAGGGGUGUUGGGAUGAACUUAGCUUUCAAUUGUAACUUAUACCUGUCAACUUUUCUUUAAACACAUUAGUUCCCUGAAAGAUAGAAAGCUAAAAUAGGGUGAUUCAUAUUGUAAAUACAUAUUGGAGUUCUCUGUCACACCCUGUUAGUCCUCCAACCUCCUGUUGUAUAUAAGUGACAUGUUCUAACACCAUCCUCCAAAGAAUGGCCUUCUCGGCAAAAAGUUGAAUUGUUUUUUUAAUAUAUAUAAUUGUUUUUUUGUCGUUGUAAUGCACUGUUUUAAUUUUUUUGUAUUUCUUGGUUUCAAAAGCACAAUCACUAAACUUUAUAAUUUGGAAAGAAAAAAGCAUUUUUAAUGGUUUUAAUCUCCUACAUCGUUGUGGAGUAUUAAAGUGUGACAGAGGGGAAGCAAAUGGAGAAAUGUCUGAGGUUUUUUUUAGCCAUCUGAGAAUGAGAUGAUGGUUUUGUAUUGGGGGGGAGCGAGGGAGGGGUUGGGGGUGAUUGGUCGGGAUCUCUAGGGAGGGAAUGGGAGAAAUCUUUACACUUGCACAGAAGCAAAUGAAAGAAUCAGUCCUUUAGUUUGUAAGACAAAAUUCUUGCCUAGGUGAAGAAUGGAGAUGAAACCUACGGCAGUUUACAAGAAUUCAAAGACUUUCCAAUCUGCAUAGAUCCUGUAAAGACUUCACAGCUGCAAGCUCGACUUAAUAAAAGUACAAUACCUUGUUACGCUUGCUGAUGCAACUUGCAAAAGUUCGUCCGGACUGACUGCUGCCCCUGGUGGUGUGGGAAGUGGUGAGGAGAGAGAUUCAGUAACUGAGUUCUAGUUGGAAGAAGCUCACUCACUUCAAUCAACAGGAUGCCCUUUUUUUUGAAGGAAAACUCUGUUCAGAAUGACCACCCUAAAGAACUCCCAAAUCUCCUGCGUUACCCAGUGUCACCGGAUGGAUAUUUCAAGUUGAAUGUCUUGUCAACCACUCAUGUGGUUACCAAGGGCAACAAUGUAUUGUGCUAAGACAACCUGCCCACAUUGUCUUGGUAUUUUUUAUGUAAAAGUUCCUUUCUGUAGUCAUAAUUUUACAUAUUCAGGAUCUAAUAACCCUCAACAUAUAAUUUCCCUGCCACAUUAUUUAUUAAAAAUUGUCCUCAAGAUCACAAACACGA